ACGAUAGAUAUCACUCGUGCUUUGCGACAAAAUAGGGCUUGUGUGGAGUAAAAUUUACAUGAGCAAGAAAUGUCAGUUUGAAGUUGCUGAAAUUUGGCAGUGUUCAUUAACAUAAAGAAGAAAAGAAAGGUGUUAGUACAGCCACCUGUGGUGGCCAAUCCAACUGUACACCUGAGCAACUAUGAGGUUGAAGGAACCGAAAGGAUAGUCAGCAACAAAGAAGUGGUAACAAAGCAAAGAGCCAUGAGUAUCAGUCACUUACACCUCCAACAUACUGCAAUAUGGUUAGCAGCACUGCAGCUCCUUUAGCAAUGCUGACGGUAGGAGGUGAUGGCCAUUAUGAAAUGAGUUGGGAUGCUCUUGAAACAGUUGUUGACUAGUUGUUGACUACUAUGUCCCAACUACAAUACAGCGCAGAAACUAUGAAUUAGAAGAAGAUGGUUCAUGUCCUUACAUUGUUGCUGUUGAGGAAGAGUUGUUUGUGGAGCAGAAAAACCUUCUGGUCACCAGGCUUCACACUUGCCAGCAUCUACAACCAGUUAUCUAUAACCACAAGUUAACACCUGCACUCAGUUAUUUACAUCUUAACUAUGUGUUAUGUAAACAUAAUAUUAUUGACAGCUCAUUCUCCAUGCCUCUUGUAGUCUUUAUCCUCCCUAUGUCUCAUCCAGUGUUUAACCCUCUAUAUCUCCCAAACCCUCAAGUCCUGUCAGUCUUUAACCCUUUAUUUCUUCCCAGAGUGUAACCUUCUAUGUCUCUCCCAGUCUUUAACCUUAUAAUAUCCCCUCUCUAUUUAACCCUCUAGGUCACAUCAGCCUUUAACCCUCUAUGUGUCUCUCAGUCUUUAACCACUCGACUCUUCUGUAGCUAGCUUCAUACCUUUCACAGAAUUGGUGGCUCACUGGGUUCAGGUGAGUUUGGAGUGGUAAGCAAAGGGAGGUGGAUGGCUGUGGUUCGUGGACCAGUGGAAGUAGCCAUCAAGAUCCUCAGACCAGCAGCCAAUGAGGACACUCAAGUCAAGUUCCCACAGGAGGCAGCCAUCAUUGGCCAGUUCAAACACCCAAACAUUGUAAAGCUACAUGGAAUAGUCACUGUUGAAGAGCCGAUGAUGAUUGUAAUGGAGUUUAUGGCAAACGGAGAUUUGAAAAACUACUUCAUUACAUUGAUAACUGAUCCUGAUCCCCCAGAGCAAGAUGAACUUUCCCAGUUGUGUCUCACGUUCUGCCGACAGAUUGCCUCUGGUAUGAGCUACCUUGCAGACAAGGCCUUUGCCCACAGAGAUGUUGCAGCUCGUAACAUCCUCGUUUCGAAGGACAAAGUGUGGAAGGUAGCAGACUUUGGGAUGUCUCGUGCAUUAAAUUAUUCAGACUACUAUGUCUCUCAUGGAGGAAUGAUCCCAGUUAAAUGGACUGCCCCUGAGGCCAUUCACUACAAGAAGUACACAACAGCCAGUGAUGUGUGGAGUUUUGGGUGUGUAAUGUAUGAGAUAUGGAGUGUUGGGCACAAGCCAUUUGAAGGUUUCACCAAUGUUGAGGCAAUGGAGAUGGUGACAAGGGGCUACCGACUUCAACCGCCUCCUGGUUGUCCUAGACGCAUUUAUUCAAUGAUGAUAAGCUGCUGGCAUCUAGAGAGGCUUGAUUGUCCAUCAUUUCCCUCUGUCUGCCAGACUCUGGCAGAGGAGGCCAACUCACUGCUGCAGUGGAGAGAGGAGGACAGCCUGUGCCAUCCUCAUGCCUGUCUCCUCGGAGCUCCUCUAGAGACUGGGGCUUCCCUCUAUCCUGACCUCCAGAACGCUUACCAAGGCAGACAAUGAACAACAUGAACCAUUCAGAGGUUUUUUUGCCGUUAUUCUCAUAUCCAAAUGGUAGCUAACCAGAAUGACUCCCAUG